GGAAGAAUUUCUCCACCAGUUUAGCAUGUGAUUUGAGUCAGUGCGGUGUAUUUAUUUCGGCAGGAAUAUUCGUUGACAGUCAAAUGUGUCAAUAACAAACCAGCUCAAAAGAAGUAUUUCCUGCUUCAAAGCUGACAGUCUUACUCUGUGGUUGAUCUAAUUAAGAAGUAGCUUCGACUUCACGCGAGGAAGUUGCGCUUGAAGUGAAAUUCUACGAGGAAAACACUCUGAUUGUAAAAGCGGAAGCCGGGGGGUCACAUUCACGCUUUCGAUUACCCACUGUUUUGAGCGCCACAGCCAUUAAUAAACAUAAAGGAAGCGUGUUCUUCGUUUGGAUAAUUGAAGUGACUUCACAGAUUGUGCAGCCUCUUGUUGGGAAAAUAUACGAACCAAGUGUAAAGACAAGCUUUCUUCCUUGGACAACUCUAUCAUGAAGUCAACCUCUGAAGUUAAAACAGACGAUGGCCACUCGGUUGUAAACGGCUCAGCGCAAAAGUACUCUGGGGAAUCUACUACACAGAAUGGCCAUGUAUCUGCCAAACAGAAUGGUCACGUGCCUGACUUGCAGAAUGGUCACGUGCCUGACUUGCAGAAUGGUCACGUCGCAGAAACACAGAAUGGUUACGUGGCAGAAACACAAAAUGAUUACGUGGGUCCGUCAGCCUCCGAUUCACAGCACGACACUGCUCAGCUGCUCGUUAAAAGGAGAAAAGUAGGAAACCGGGUCCAGGAUGCCGAGAGAGUUAGAACCAAAAAUGAAAUUAUCAAUUUGUCCCCAGGCCUACCAGGUUUCAGCGCCAAUAUUAUAGGAUUCCUCAUGUUGCUAUGGCCACCAGUCUGUGUUGCCUUCUUCUGGCACGCCUGUCACGCAUAUCAGUGCUCUCUUGGAGAUUUGGGGGGGCAAGUGCUGCACGAGAUAUCCGCCUGGACCAUCAUCGUCUUCGCGAGACGAAACAUCCCGGAAGUUAGCGCAGGUUCGAUAAUGUUGUACAGCGCGUGGAUGCUUCUGCAAGUGUUUUUGUUCUUGGUACUUCCUGGUCGCAUCAGACGUGGAACAGCUACGCCUGCUGGAAACGUACUGACCUAUAACUGUAAUGGCUUUAGUGCUUGGAUUGUGUCUCACGUUCUGUUCUUUAUCUUGGUGAAAAUGGGCCUGAUACAGGCAACGAUUAUCAGCGACAACUGGGGAGCCUUGAUGGUCAUUUCCAAUGUGUUUGGCUUCAGCUUGGCCCUCUUCUCCUACGUCAAAGCGCAUUAUUUUCCGAGUCAUCCGGAAGAUCGGUGUUUCAGUGGAUCGUGUUUCUACGACUUCUUUAUGGGUAUCGAGCACAACCCCAGGAUUGGUCCUUUUGAUUUCAAGUUGUUUUUCAACGGAAGGCCUGGAAUUGUGGCCUGGACAUUGAUCAACCUGUCAUUCGCUGCCAAGCAGUACAAGGACUUUGGUUACGUUAGUAACACAAUGAUUCUCGUCAACCUAUUGCACGCUACUUAUGUUGUUGACUUCUUCCUCAACGAAUCCUGGUAUCUGCGCACUAUCGACAUCGCCCACGACCACUUUGGCUUCUACUUGGCUUGGGGAGACACAGUCUGGCUUCCCUUCAUGUAUACUCUACAAAGUGUUUACCUGGCCCGAAAUCCAGUGAACCUGCCCUGGUGGGGAUGUGCAGCCACCCUCUUAAUGGGUUUGACGGGUUACUUGAUCUUCCGAUCUGUCAAUCACCAAAAAGAUUACUUCCGGGUGGAGAUGAAGACGAAUGGUAAAUGUACUAUCUGGGGUAAACCUGCUCGGUACAUUUUAGCACCUUAUGCUACCACCGACUCCAAGCAACAAGUCUCUUUCCUUCUGGCUUCUGGUUGGUGGGGACUCUCCCGCCAUUUCAAUUACGUCGGCGACUUGCUAAACGCGUUGUCGUACUGCUUAGCGUGUGGGUUUGGUCACGUGUUGCCGUAUUUCUAUAUUGUUUUCAUGUUGUGCCUUCUGAUUCACCGUUCGUACCGUGACGACGUAAGAUGCAGGCAGAAGUAUGGCGUGUACUGGGAGAAGUACUGUGAAAUAGUACCCUACAGGAUCAUUCCGUACGUGUUUUGAAAAAAGUUGAAAAUGCCAGUAGCUGCACCUAUAUAUUUGCUUUUUUCGCAGAAAAACAAAUUUGCCAUCAAACGACAUGAUACAAAUUUGCCACUAAUGAACAACAGGGGAGCAUAGGGUCAAACAGUCUUGUGGUCGGUAGAUGUGGACAUAACUUCAUGAACACGUCUGUUACUUAUUUAUCUUGGUGUUGGGAAUUUAAAAUUGAUAUUUAUCACAAGUUCAUUAUAUUCGGUGAAAUAAUCAGUCACCGCGAGAAAAUAAUUUUUCUAUACCCGUAUUAUACUUGCUGCUAACUGUUAGCAGUAUUGAUCAUAAAAAUUACAAUUUCCUCGCUUGUGAUUGGUUUAAAAAAACUCCUGUUUUCCACUAAUACACUUGCCAAGUUGUUAUCGGACAGUUUGUCAUCAGAAAGUUCAAUAAGCCAAUCACAUUCAAAGUUGUAGUUUAAGUCAACCAAUCAUAUUCAAAGUUGUUAUUAAAAGUCAAUUUAAGAGCGGCAUUACACAAUUUACACCCACUUGUCAGUCUUUAAAUGAAAAUUUUCCCUUUCUUUCAUAAUUUGGCUAUUCUUCUUUUCUCGGAAAUUGUAAUUUUUAUGAUAAAUUUGUAACAAGACUUCGUGUCGUCCAAUUCGGUCUGUAAUCAUACUCGUGAUAAACAAAUCGGUCUCCCGCUACGCGGUCCUCCGAUUUUGUUAUCACUCGUAUGAUUACAGACCGCUUUGGACUCUACUCAGUCCUAUUACUAUUACUAGUCGAGACAGAAUUUCUCUAAUCUUGAAUUCGGUGAGGAAUUACAUGUUCUCUUUUUGUGACAGUUACCCUCUUCAGAGAUUCAUAUUUGAUUUACCAGGCUCGCCUUAGGAAAGAAAUAAUCUCUUUACACGAGGAAUAUGAGGGUGAUCAUCUUUAAUAAGGAAGAUUUUUGUACAAGAAAUUUCCGCAAAAUACCUGUCAUGUAUUUUCGAUAUUUAUUUGUAUUUUUAAAAUGUACUUAUUUUAGAUAAACUUAUUCUGAAUUCACUGUCAGAUAAGAGUUCACUUUAUUAUAAUCUCAAUGCAAUUUAACACCUCGAGGUGGCUGUAUGUGCAAGUAA